ACGAAAGAAUAAUCAACACAAUGUUCUCCAAACUUGUAACUCUCUGCGCAUUAGUGGCGGUGUCCUCGGCCGGACUCGUGCCCGCUGCUCAAUACUCUUCUGCGGCUGCCGUCUCCUCUCAGAGCAUCGUCCGUCAUGACGAGCACGCAGCUCCCAUAGCCAAGCUAGCCAUCGCUGCUCCCGUUGCCUACCAUGCCGCACCUGCUGCCAUCGCAUACCACGCUGCCCCAGCUGCGGUUACCUACCACGCCGCCCCAGCCCCAAUCGCCUACCAUGCUGCUCCAGUUUCUGUCGCCUACCACACCGCACCCGUCGCUAACGUUAUUGCCCAGCCUGAGGAAAUCGCUUACCCCAAAUACGAGUACAAUUACUCCGUCGCUGACGGACACACCGGUGACAACAAGCAACAACAAGAAUCCCGUGAUGGUGAUGUCGUGAAGGGAUCGUACUCCUUCCAAGAAGCUGACGGCUCUAUCAGAACUGUGGAGUACUCCGCUGAUGACCACAGUGGUUUCAACGCCGUGGUACACAACAGCGCCCCCACCGCCGCCCCCGCUUACAUCAAGGCUGCUCCCGUCGUCGUCAAGACCCCCGUCUACGCUGCUCCUGUAGCCCACUACUACCACCACUAA